UUUUUUUUUUAAUAUUUGUAUUGUAUUUUAGAAAGAGAGAAUGUUUAUUCUCGAUGUGAUCUUUGAUCUGGUGUUGAUCGGCAGCAGCUGCUAUGGACUGUACGCGUUGACUCCGGAGGAACAUCCUUACGGCUUAAUCGCAGCCGCAUUUUGUCUGGUACAUGGAAUGCUAAUGCUGGUGCGUUCCUUUCAGUCAUCGGAGGACGAGUGUGCUCGAUCCUUCUUUGUGUCCACAAGCAUUGUGGAUGUGGUACCUCUGCCAUUGGCCAACAUUGAGUUCUAUCUGCAAUCCUCCCAGUCGAGUGUGGCCUUAGUUCACGCUCUGUCCCUGAUACUGCUGGUCUAUGAUACGAUGGGCAAUCUGGGCGAUGACUAUGAUGCUGCCACGGAUACGGUGAAGGAUUUGUCGCUGCUUGGCAACAUUGCAUCCGCCGCAUAUCUGGGCUAUAACGAGGAGAACUACUUUCAUUGCGGCAUCGCAGCAGCCGCUACGAUUGCCCGAUACGGAUCUUCUUUGGUCGACUCUUUCCUUCCAGAGUUUGGGCCACAUGUGGACAAGAUGAGCAAGGCUGCUAUAAUAGGGCUCAUGACAUAUUCUUUGACGCAGAAAUAAACCAACGUGUCUAGUUCUAA